AAGAAAGUUAAAGAAUGUGUCGCUGAUAUCUGGAAGAUGACGGGGGAACGCCUUCUGUCUGACUGACAGCAGGCUGCAGCGAGAGCUCAUUCACAUUAUCUGGACCAAUGCAGAAAGUCCUGUGGAAGGUGUGUCAGACUUUCUGCGCAGUGCCUUUUGUCUGCUGCUGGACCUCUAUGAGAUGGACUGUGAGCAGUUUUGUGACAGAAAGAAGACUCUUUAUUUUACUCUACUUCAGCGACUAAUCAAACUACCUUGGGAAGCCAAAGCCAAAUAUCAUCGCCUUUGUGCACUACUGCCAUAUCUUGGUACUGACAUGGUGCUGGAUCAAUAUGCUGAAAUACCCAAUCAUCUCCUGAAGUGCUUGUCGAUCAAUCACCUGUCGCCAUGUGGAUCGGAGCUUUACAGGUGUCUGAUCCAGCAGCAGAGGCGAGAGCUAUGUGAUGGCUCGCUGACGUCCGCUUCACACACCGAGCUGGAUCUGGCCAAUCAGUGGGCGAGGCGUUGGCGACCCGUUGUUCAUAAGGCACUGACGUCCGAUGUGACUCUCCUACAGAACAACAGCUCCACACAGUUAUUACCCAGCACCUUCCAAGUCUUCCCCUCCGCUGUGGAUCCUCUGCUGGCCUCUCUGGACCUCUUCGCCCCUGGUCACCUCCACGCCUGGGCCUGCAUCGUGAGCUCCUAUCGAGCCACGACCGGAGGCUCUCCCUGGACUCUGCAGGGUAGCUCAACCCUGAAAACCCUCCAGCUUGCUCUAGGAUCUGCGGAUGAUAAAGUACGUCUCGCUGCUCUCAACCUCCUCUGCUGCAGCCCAAAGACCAAAGACUCUCCAACCACAGAGGAGAUGUCAAUAAUGAGGAGGUUUAUUCCUCAGAACCUAAACUGCGAGUCUUCGCCUUUUCGACAACAUUUUCACGCGGGAGUGAAGAGGUUCCUGGUUCGUAUCAGAGAUGGCUGCUUGGCACAUAUCAGAGGACACAAGGGGAAAAAGAAGGGAGAUGCCACCCACUCAGAGAAGGCACAGGACUUACUGGAGCAGGGAAUAGGGUUUGUAGAAUGGUUGAGUCAACUUCCAUACAGCUAUCUGGCACCAGGACACAGUUAUCAGAGGAAGAAGACCGCGCUGCUGUUGCUGUCUGCCGUGCUGGAGAGCUGCACAGACACCUGGAGCCCAGAAAAGAAGAAGGGACAACCUCCAGAGAAUAUGGGGUCUCUUAUCAACUGUGCUAGAGAAAGAGGACAGUGGAAUUUCGUCUGCAGGACAAAUCAGCUGGUCCUCAUCAGCUGUUUAGAAGAUUCUACAAAUGAGGUUCGUGAGCUCUCAGCUGAGUUAUUGUUGAGGUUCUUCCCACCCAGUUUUCCCGAGGACAUCGCUGCAGUGCUGCUAACGCGAACCAAACAGCUUCUGUGCAGUCCUCGGGUGCAGGAGGCUCAGAUGGGAGCACUGAUGAUGAAGGUCCUCCUUCAGAAAUCACAUGACCAGCCUGAGGACUACAGGUUGAACAGUAAAAUCACUGUCAGCGCUGGAAGUACCGCCGAGGCCGCCUGCACGGUCACACUCCUGGUGAAAGAGCUGGAGGAACACUAUCUGACAGCCAAGGCUGACAUGAUGCUGGCUGCAAGAACCAAGCCUAUACAUGGUGUUCUAACUGCCCUUCAGAGGUGUGUGCUUGAGGCACCCAGCAGUGUGUACGACACACUUGACCACAGUCUGACCGUUGAGUUGCUUGUCCUGCUGGAGAAGAUCUCUCUGCUGCUGCUGGGUGUUCUGUAUGGAGGCCGGGAUGCUUGUGCCACUGAAAAGGAUGCGCCCCCUUCUUUUUGUGAUAUGGGAAACGCCAUCAGCUCUCUGAUUGCCCAAGAGUCCGGGGAUGGAGAGGAUUGUAUCCUGCUAUCUGAGGAGCACAGCCUCGUUCUCACCUGCUGCUGGGUCUCUCUCAAGGAAAUAGGAAUCUUUUUAGGUUCUCUGGUUGGGAAAAUUCUCACGGAAUCCAAACCCAGCAAGUGCCUUCUGACAAAAGAGGAUGUCACAAGAGCAUCAAAAGUGUUCAAGAAUAUCUUUCUCAAAUGUCGCCACUGGGGGGCAGUAGAGGGAUGCUGUGCCGGCUUCACCAAGUUCUGUGCUUCUUUGUUGAGCAACAGUGAUCCAGAGCUUAUGGAUAUCCCAGCCCACAUGCUGAAACAAGGAUUGCAGUUUGUGCAGUUCCCUCGUUCCACCUCUGUGACCCGCCGGGCUGCAGGGUUGCCUAUGCUCAUCCUGUGCGUCGUGUCAGCAGAGGAGGCCAGUAAAGCAAGGCCACUGUUAGCCCACAGUAUGCAAACCUUACUGGAAACUGCCAAAACCCCUCUACCCGAGGACUGGGACCAAACACUGGACCUGCCACAGGUGUGUGCGGUUCACACUCUGCAGGCCCUGGUUCGUGGUUCUGUUCUGGGAGUAGCUGUCCUUCAGUUUGCUCCUGCUGUAGCCAUCUUGUCGCUCACUCUGCUCAGUUCUCCCUGGUGGGCCAUGAGGAACGCUGCUCUGCAACUUUACAGUUCUCUGUGCUCGCGCAUGCUCGGCCAGCGGCCCAGCAGUGAGGACGGUGGUCCCACCCAGCACGCCAUGUCCCCCCUGGCUUUCUUCUUCCACUACCCUGCAGCUCCAGCCCUUCCUCCUGGGCGAGCUGAGAGGGGCAGCAGAAGACCUCCAGGGUCCACCUAAUGAGGCCAGACUUCACCUCCAACCUUCACUCUUCCCUGUCCUAACUCUGUUAUCCCAACUCCAGCCUGGUGUCCAAGACACAACAGAAACUUUGUCAGACUUCCUGCCUCCUUUGCUCCAGCUGUCUGCCAGUCCUAUUUACAGUGUGAGAGUGAUGGCCUCGAAGGCUUUGGUUGCCAUGACUCCCCCCUCAGAGUACAUGAACAUCCUCAUCAAACUAACGGCUCAAUUGCCCGGUCCACAGGAGCGCUGCUGUCACAACCGGCUCCACGGACAGCUGCUGCAGAUCAAAGCUACUCUGGAGAGAGCUCUCUGCACUGUCAGUGCUCCUUCAGCUGACCUGUGCGAGGUGCUGCGCAGGGUGGACGCCUCAAUGUGGCUAGGUGACUGAAGCUCAACGCUGCCCCCUAGUGAGAGCGGCCUACCUCGGAGUGGCAGACUCACUAAGAAGCCUCUGCUGUGAGACGUACCUCUCAAAGCUCAGUGAC